AUGGGAGCAAAGAUAGUUUUGCUGUUCUGCUGGAAUUUGCAGAGGAGCAACUCCAAGUUGACCAUGUUUUCAUUUGUUUCCACAAGAACAGAGAUGAUAGAGCUGCACUUCUCCGAACCUUCAGCUUCUUGGGCUUUGAGAUUGUGA